CUUCUCUCUCUCUUCCCCUUAUGAUUCUCUCUCUUGUUGUUGUUGUAGUUGUUCCGUAAUAGUAACCCAACACAAGAAUCAACCAGCAGCAGAUCAGAUCCGAAGGAAGUUUAUCUGUCCAUCUAUCAACUGAUCGAUCAGUCAAUCCCAUCAAUCAAAUCACAAUAAUAUCAAUAAUCGUAGAAAGUGAGAUUAGAAGAAGAUAUCAUUAAAAAUGUCUGCUGCUGCCUCUUCCAACACUGUCUUUUCAUCACCGGACCACCUCUCCCCCUCCGAUCAGCUCUGCUAUGUUCACUGCAACUUUUGUGAUACUGUUCUCGCGGUAAGCGUUCCUUGCAGCAGUUUGUUCAAGACAGUGACGGUCCGAUGCGGCCAUUGCAGCAACCUGCUCUCCGUCAACAUGCGCGGCCUUCUUCUCCCUGCUGCAGCUAACCAACUUCACCUCGGACAUUCUUUCUUCACUCAGAAUCUCCCGCAGGAGGAGAUCCGAAACGCCCCAUCAAACACGUUCUCAAAUCAGCCUAACAUGAUGAUGAACGAAUCAUUUAUGCCGAUGAUUCGAGGAGUUGAGGAGAUACCUAAGCCUCCACCUGUUGUUAACAGACCUCCGGAGAAGAGACAGAGAGUGCCAUCUGCCUACAACCGCUUCAUCAAGGAAGAGAUACAACGUAUCAAAGCUGGAAACCCUGAUAUUAGCCACAGAGAGGCCUUCAGUGCUGCUGCCAAGAAUUGGGCCCACUUCCCUCACAUCCACUUUGGCCUGAUGCCUGAUCAACCCGUGAAGAAAGCCAAUAUUCGCCAGGAUGGAGAGGACAUGCUCAUCAAAGAUAAUGGAUUUUUCAGCGCUCCUGCAAAUUUGGGUGUCUCCCCCUACUAAGAAUAAUUAGUGUUUCCUAUUUCAUCUGUUUGAUAUGGACUUCAACUACUAGUAGUAGGAAUCGCAUGAAUCCUAAGCUUUCUUAUAAGAAGACUGCAAAAAUUUGGGUUGCAUGGUUAUGAUACCAGUAACGACUGGAUCUUGUUCAAGCUUAAGAAUUAAUGCUCUAUUGAACCCACAUUGUGAAAAAGACUGUUUUUAAGGAAGGUAUAUUAAGAUCGUAGUGUUUAAAA